AUGUUUGGAGAUAAUUUUGCAAAACAAUUGCAGUCUAUACCUCUUUCAAAUGAUACUGUUGCCCGUCGAAUUGCUGAUAUAGCUGAAGAUGUAGAGUGUCAGCUUUUGUCGAAGUUACGUGACAAAUUGUUUUCAAUACAACUCGAUGAGGCAACAGAUAGUAAUAAAGAUGCUCAUUUCAUUGCCUAUGUUAGAUUUUGUGAUGAUUUGUCAGUAGUAGAAGAAUUACUUUUCUGCAAACCAAUAGAACUCAAAGCAACAGCACUCGCAUUAUUUGCUAUCUUAAAUGAUUUUAUGAACGAGGCAAACAUAGAAUGGAAAAAUUGCGUCGGAAUAUGCACCGAUGGUGCUCGUUCUAUGUCCGGAAGAUUCCAAAGUAUUCAAGCACUUGUGAAACAAAAAUCGCCACAGUGCGUCUGGACACAUUGCAUGAUCCACAGAGAAGCUUUGGCUUCCAAAGAAAUGAGUCCUGGUUUGAAUAUUGUGUUAACUACGGUUGUAACCGUAGUAAAUUAUAUAAAAAUGAGACCUCUGAAAUCAAGAAUCUUUUCCGCACUUUGUAAAGACAUGGGUGCAGUACAUUCAGCGUUACUAUUUUAUUGCGAGGCAAGAUGGUUAUCACGAGGGAAAUUUUUGCAACGUGUUUAUGAAUUAAGAGAAGAAAUCGCCGUUUUCCUAGAAGAGGAAAACAGACCGGAAGCUGAGAAUUUUCGCGAUAGUUUAUUUGUGAUGAAAUUGAGCUACAUGGUCGACAUAUUCGAGAAAUUAAAUAACUUGAAUCUUCAACUGCAAGGAGCAAAUACACAUAUAUUGGACACGAAUGAUAAAGUUAAUGCUUUUUGUAGGAAAUUUGAAUUGUGGAGCAGAAGUUUAAAGCAAGAAAACUUAACAAUGUUUGCAAAUUUGAAUGAUUGUAUUAAAACUUACAAGGCUGAAGAACAACAUGUAAAAGUUGUUUUUGUAACCAUUGAAAAUCAUUUAGCAAUGCUAGCAAAGAAUUUUAAAAAAGUACAUUUUUGCUGA